CUGCGUUGGUUGAGUGUCUUUGUAGCUCAAUGACAGCCCUUGUUUCAUCAGAUCUGACAUUGCACCGACUCGGACAGCCCCAAGAACCCAAAGUUACCUACUUCUUCACACACUGGAUGCAAGGCGAUCAGCUCUUGCCACAUGGCCUAUGGAGAACGUAGCAAUCUAGAAUGGUUUGUUUCGAGAUACGUUUUCACCUUGAAUGAUUUUAUACCGACAAAGAGGAGCUUGAUUCAUGGUUAUGUUGUUGCGCGGUAGGUUAUCCCAACAGUUUCCACCAGUCGUUCGCAGCGCAGAAGAUUCUAAUAGUUGAAAUGCAGAAAUCACUUUGAAACGGAAUUUGCCCACUGUAACGGGAAAAACACGGACCUGUUUUUUGAAUUGUUGAUGCGUCGAGAAAUUGCACGAGAGGAAAUAUUGUACAGUUUUAUACAUUAUAAACUGUGCCUAUACCCAAUUUGCCUCUUGACAUAACCGGCCUGGAAAGUCUAUUGGACACUUCAAAGUGCCAUACUGAAGUUCACUAGGAUUUUGCUAGCACAUGAUGUACACAAUUACAAGAGGUCCCAGCAAACUUGUUACACAGCGACGAACAGGUGAGUGUGGUGGAUCAAAGGAGACCGAUUCGGACACUUUUGUAACAACGUGCAAGUGACCCCUCGCUCACACUGUCAUCAAAGUGAUGAUACAUUGUAAUUCUGAGGUUAGAUACAUGCCUUGUUACAUGUUAACAUUUACAGUGUGGCACGAGUGUAUAUUUGCGCAUGGUUUAUGCAUGUGCCAAUGUUGAUGCCAAUGCAUUAAAGGGGCUUCAUUCAGAUGCAGUAACAUACGUUUCGUGUUUUCAAUGGUUAAUUUAACAUGUUGAUAUCGCUUUCCUUUUUAGUACAAUGUUGAUAUCUAGUUCCUUUUUUAAUAUCAGGUCCAACGCAGCAGAUUGACAACAACAUAAAUGACUUCAAGCACAAACAAACGACUUGGUCAAUACCAGAGUAAGUACUAUUAUUGCAUUGUACAUAGGCUUAGCAGUGUUAUUAGCAUAUAAUCGCACUGUUAUUGUACUGUAAUUAUGUUUGGCAUAGCUUCACCUGCAGGCCGUGAAGGAUUUUCUGAAUGUUUCAGAACGUCACAUCUUGCAACACUGUUGUAGCGCGUGCGCCUGUGUUGUGCAUGCAAUAGUAGCAAGCUAGCUAUAAAAACUAAUAUCCAUGGGGCACAUUCUAUCACAAGGCACACACUCGCGGGUGUUUUCCAAACCACAACCACCUGCUUUUAUGUCAUUGAACAGGGACGUGAAACGACCUUGUGUGUGUGGGAAGCAAGGUUACUCACGAGCGUUCCUCUGUCAAGUCCCAACACGAGCAUGCUAGCUGAGUAACAUGCUAGCUUGGUAGUUGCUCUCUGCUGUCUACUCACACAUGUUUACAAAGUUUCAAGAUAACCAGUUUCAAAUAAACAGCAACAAUAAAGCGUUUGUCAUAUCUUUAGCAAUAUUUCACUCAUUUGCAGUGGUGUAAAGUACUUAAGUAAAAAUUUGAAAUUAUUUUUACUUUUGAUACUUAAGUAUAUUUAAAACCAAAUACUUUUAGACUUUUACUCAAGUAGUAUUUUACUGGGUGCUUUCACAUUUACUUGAGUCAUUUUCUAUUAAGAUAUCUUUACUUUUACUCAAGUAUGACAAUUGGGUACUUUUUCUACCACUGCUAAUUUGGUCCUGAUCGAGGAGAGAAGCAAGAAGCACAAUCUGCCAUAUAUCCAUCAUGGCAUCCUCCAAUUCGGCUUUCUUAUAAUGUGAGCUUUUGUAAUCACCAUAGAAACCUUACUGUGUUCAGAGGUAUGGUAACCGAUGUGGUUCAUUUGGCUAACUUCCCAUCUAACUAGUCCUUGCUCAGAGUGAAACAUACAUUUUAAUUCAUUUGUCAUGAAUUAAUGAUUGAGAGAGAGCAGAGUCAGAGUAAUUUAUGACACCUUUUUAACUACAGUAGCAAACAUGCCUAAGAGAAACUGUUUAGAGAACAUUUCAUCAUGUCAUAUUUACUACAGGUCUAUGGGUAUAUUGUGUGUAGACUUAAAAUAAAUCAACAAGUGCUUCAUGUUUAAGCCCAUUUUUUUUGUCCUGCAGCUCUCCUGCACCCAAGAUAGUGUUUAACCACCUGAAUGGGAAGAAGUACCACCACACCCCACCAACUCUUCUACAGGUGGACCCCCAGCCCAAUGAGGGCUUUACUGCUGUACACCAGGAGAAUGUCAAGUUUAUCUAUGAAGGUAAAGGAGUGAGAGACCAUAGAAAUAUGUAAAUGACAGUAGGACCUCUCCUCUACCACUCCCCCCCAGUGUUCUCCCACCCAACUACAGGCAGGGUGAGGGUCAUGGUUGGAGCAGAAGUUAGUCUCCCCUCCCAGGCUCAGCAGCACAGCUGCACUGACGCUGAUACCAGUGAUAGCAGGCACACAGCUCAGGGAGCUGCCUGGAGUUCCACUAACCUCACACCCAAAUUGAAGACCCUCUGCCAGCACCAUCGUGUGUGUGUGUAUAAAUGAUCUACUCUGCCUCCAAUGAAAGUAGUACACAAUGGCUUCUCAAAAUAUGUGUUGAUAAUCACUGAGUUAGUCUGCAGUGUAAUUGAACGAAGACACUAGUAUUUUUUUGUGCUUAAGUGGAACUCUACACAGUAAGCUAAUUUAAAAAUACUGUAUUUCAACAUUAACCCUAACCUACCCAGCCAAACAGCGUGUGUAACUUCUUAAGUAAUUUCUCCCUUGCCCAUGUGACACACUAGGUCGUUCCAACUGAAAGUUUGUAAUGGCAGCACAUUAACUACAUAACCUUGCUCAGAGUGGACAAGGACAAAAAGCAGGCCCUGCUCCUACUAGGCUUUCUACAGAGAGGUUCUAGAAAUGGGGAUUGCAACAAGUUUUACAGGAUCAUUAACCAGUAAAUACACAUUUUAGGCCACUACAGUUACACCCAGUAACAUUAGAAAACAUGUUGGUUCAACACUUGUAAGUCAUGUGAAGGUCCAUAUGGUGAAAGGUGCCUAUCAUAGAUCUGAAAGGAUUGGAUAAUUAAUAUGGUAGCUCCAUCUUGCCUUCACCAUGAGCAUGUUUAAGUAAAAUGACAGUAACGCAAACUUGCCUUUAUCAUUCAGUCAUUUAUUCAUUCAUUCAUUCCUCAACACCGGUUAAUUUUGAUUACCACACGCUACCGCAUUUUGAAUGUUGACUUAAGAUUUUAUUACAUUAGUACUUGAAAGAUUUGGACUAGUGAGAUAAGAUUGGCCAUUAAUUCCAGUGGACUUAACGCUCAUAAAUCCACAUGACAGAGUGCAUUAUUUAAAACAGUUUCAAACGCAGAAUGCUUUGUAGCAUUUGCCCUACUGGACCUUACACUGUGGGUGUGACAUGACAGGACUACUGUUGGUCAAAGGUUUUUUCCUUUUUACACAUUUUAAGCUGCAAAAUGUUUUAGCCUGACUGACUCUUAGGGUGAAUUUCCCCCCAUUGUAUGUUAACCAAUUUUGACUAUAUUGCUGUCUGCUUUCAUAUUUUUGUAUUCUUCUUCUUUGUUUCUCCUGGUAGUAUUUUGUUGCAUGCUGGUGUAUGUUUAAUUGUAAAGAUAUACUAUAUGCAUAUUGAUGGUUACAGCCAUUAGCCGUGGUAUAUUGGCCAUAUACCUCAAACUCCUGAGGUGCCUUAUUGCUAUUAUAAACUGGUUACCAGCGUAAUUAGAGCAGUAAACAUUUUUCUUUAUCAUACCCAUGGUAUACGGUCUUAUAUACCACGGCUGUCAGCCAAUCAGCAUUCAGAGCUGGAACCACCCAGUUUAUAAUUCAUAGUAAAGAUGUACUAUAUGCAUAUUGAUGUUCUGGCACACACUUCGCAAUGUUAAACUAAAGCAUGUCUAAGAACAAUCUAUAGAUUUCUAAGAAAACCCAAGGAAGCUACAUUCAAUUGUACUGAAGGCUGCAUGAAUCCAGGUUGUGUCUGUGUGUUCCUGUUGCAGCCUGGCAGGAGGUAGUGCAGCAGGUGGAGGAGGGAGGAGCCAGUGAUGAGACAGGAAGUGCUCAGGGACCAGUGCAGUAUUCAGAGACCAACCCCAGCCCCAGCCCAGCCAUGAAGAGUGAGUCCUGACCUGAGUCUACCUUCCUCCUCCAGUCUCAUCCCUUAAACACUCAUUCACUGGAUCUGUUCUCCAUUCUCUCCCGCUCAUUACAUUUCCCUGACACUACACCACUUCCUCUGUCCUUACUUUUCACACCUUCCUCUUUUUCUCUCCCAUCAUCCACUUUUCUCCAAAAAUGUCUCUCAAUUUGUCUGAAUAUUUGUCAGUAGUCACACCAAUGUAACUACUGUAGUUACACAUUGUAGUGUGAGGCGCUGUAACAUUGUACUGCUACUCAUUGUCCCUUCUUCCAUAAGUGAUCAGGCUGAAUGAAUCCAGGUGACAGUAAUCUAAAGGGACUCUAAUGAUAAAGACUGGUCCAGAGGAUCAGAGGGAGGAACAGGGUGUCCAAUGCCUGGUAUAUUUAAACCACUGACUGACCUAAGUGUGGCCAUAGUAGACAGGGAGAGCAUUGAGGCCUCAUUUUUAUCAUGUAUUUUUAGGUAGCCCAUUGUUUUUAAAAUUAGUACUGUGUAAUUAAGUGUUUGUUACAGGGUCCCCAUCAAUAAUGGCUGAUCCCCUGGCUGUGAUCCCACUCUCCGAGGGUGUCUCAGGGGGAGUGGGAUAUGCAAAAAACACAUUUAUAUUUCACACCUCACACUUGUAAAGGUUACCCACUUAUACAGUGAAACAGGACUAUAAAAGCACCCCCUAAUUAUAUUCUGUUAUUAUGAAGAAUUCUAAAAGUAUGCGCUACCAUGCACCAUUGGCAUGUGUCGUAAUGGAAAGAUGCACCUUCCUUUGGUCACCUGGACAGCAGGUCACAUCUGUGUGUGUUAGGGAUUAGAGCUAGGGCUCCCUGUCCUAGUUGGGUCACAGCACUGCCACCACAUAAACCAGUGUGAUGGAGGGUUGUCAGUCAUCGUGUCUUCAUUCUUAGCAGUGAGAAGAGGCGUUUUGGGAAAGUCAUAUUGGGGAACAUUGGGAAAGUCAUAUAUGGGAACAUUCGGAAAGUGAUAUUGGGAAAGUCUUAUUGGAGAACACUGAUUGGGAAUGUCAUAUUGGGAAAGUGAUAUUGGGGAACAUUGGGAAGGUCAUAUUGAGGAACAUUGGGAACGUUCUAAUAUGACCUCUGAGUAGUCACUGUUCGUGGUCUUAAAGGCCCAGUGCAAUUGAAAUUGUGAAAAUUAUGAGAAAAGACUCCCUGAAAUUUCAGCCUGUUUUGGCCUGCCUGGUGACAACCAAUAAUAGACCAAUAAGAAAGAGAAUUCCAAACCUCUCUGUCAAUAACAGCUAAUUUUCAGUUUUCCCCUCCCCACUCAGACAACUCCCAGACAGUCCUAGCAACAUUCUUGCUAUUUUUGUUUCUCUUCAACCAUUUUAAUUGAAAACAGCCACAGUAAGGUACUUAAUUGUUACCCAGAAAUGAUUUAGUAUUGAGAUAAAAACAGCUGCAUUGGACCUUUAAGUAAUUUCACCACUAAAUUCUUAAUUUAGUUUUCUAAAAUAUAGUCACCAUCAAUGUUUGACCUGUUCCAAUUAUGUACUUCUAAACUUUGUUCACAUCAUCACCCUACAAAAAAGUUGAGGUCCACUUAUUAAUGCUGUUGCACCAUAAGUGAAUACUGCCGCACCAUAACCCAAUGUUUGAGCCCUCCUCUAACUCCCUUCUUUUCCCCGUCCCCAGACUUUGUGCCCAUCGAUCUGGAUGAGUGGUGGGCCCAGCGCUUCCUGGCCAACAUCGACAACCUGUCCUGAUGGGCUCCACCACCUGGGGCCCCAGCGGCCAGAGGAGAGGGCCUUAUGGAGGGGCCUGCAGGUUGGGGUGAGAGGGGGGCUCAACCAGGUUGGAGCCUAGUACACCUGGUAGCAGGUGUGGGUCUUCUCCAGAGGUUGUGGAAAUAUGGGAUGACGAUGGGCAUUACUCGAGAGCAGCGCUGGGACGCUGGCGAUGACGUAGCCAUGGCAACCCCUCGCCUGAACUCUUUUACCUUCUAACAGAAACAGUACAACCAACCAACACUAACCAACCAACGUUGUCUGCUUGGGCAGCUACCUGGAAGAUGCAGGUCUUGAAUUUGUGGUUAUUCUCCAUCUCAUCAACCCCAACACUGUGGCCUAAGAUGUCAAAAUGUCUGUACUACUUUAAAAACGCAG